AUGAACUUCAACUUCCGUUUGAGGACGGGAAAUGAUUUGAUUGAGUGGGAUGACGAUGAGUUCAAGUUCAAAAAAUCACAACGUAGGUGCUUCAUGACGCAAUUGGCAGCAGUCAAGACGUAUUCGAGGGACACCAAGGAACCCGUGCAAACCCCUGAAGACCCAUCGAUGAGCAACAGCCACAAGAUUUUUCGCCGAACACUUCGAAGUUGCGGUGGAUCACUGAUCAGUUCGAAAUACGUCCUCACAUCUGCUACCUGCGUGGCAUUACCAAUAGUUGGUCCAUUGCGGUUCCCCUAUAAUAUCAAGGUCACACUCGGGGAUCUGCAAGCUAACACCAAGGAAAAGUCAGAGGUCAACUCACUGGGCAUUGGAAUCCCGCACCAGAAUUUCGGAUCUAAGCAGAAAAACCAGAACCCAUUCCAGAGCCUCAAGGUCAAGAGCGCAUUUGCAGAACGCGACCCCUACAACAUUGCCCUGGUGUAUUUGCUUUCCCAGCCGACCUUGACCGCAGAGAUUCAGACCAUUGCUUUGCCUGCCAUUGGUGAGAAUGUGGCCAUUGGGACUCAA